AUGACGAUCGCAAUGACACAACAAAACACGACGGACGGUGAGAGCGUUUACGAUGAGGUCACUAUCUACUGGGGAAACUUUGCCGAUAGUCAAUUGGUGUCAGCUUUCUACGGCAUCGUCUGUACGCUGGGUAUCCUUGGUAACCUACUGGCAGUUUUCGUACUCCUUCGUGUGCCGACAUUACGGUCGAACACCAGUGAUUUAUUGGUGCACCUAUCGCUUGUUGACUGCCUGGUUUGUGUACUGGUCAUUCCCUUUAAACUCGUCCCAACUACGGGCACGGCAGCCCCGCAUCCAGGACUCCUGGGUGAACUGAUCUGUCGACUUUACAUCAGUCAGUAUAUUUUCUGGGUCUGUUCCUUGACAUCGAUCCUGUGUCUUGUCACGGUCAACUUGGAGCGAUACAUAGCCAUCGUCUACCCAUACAAGUACAAAGUGUUGCUGACAAGAAAAAAGAAAUACCUGAUGAUUGCCUCAUGCUGGAUUAUUGGCGCCAUGGAACAAUCUUUUAGCGUAUUCCUGUACGGCGAAGACGAAGAAGUCGGUUGCAAGUUUUUGGAUUGGCCAAGCCCUGGUUUCCGGAUAGCCAUUGGAAUUCCAAAUGUCACCUUCUAUUUCUUUGGUCCAUUUGCUUUGAUGACUUUCAUGCAAUGGAGAGUCAUUACGACGCUAAACCGACAAGUGAAUUUACUGAAGAGUAGGCUGGCUUCUUCUGAUAUCCACAACCCAGACGGUGAGCGUGAAAUGUGGCAGCUUCGGACCUCCAGAAAGCUAUCCAAGACCCUCAUGACGUUCGUUUUAACAUUCGCUGCCUGCUGGGCUCUUAAUAAUUUCUAUUACCUGUUCUACAUGUUCGGUGUCCAUGCAGAUUUCACCAGCCCAACAUAUCACAUCAGUGUGUUUUUAGCUGUUGGUAAUUCCUGCGUGAACCCUAUUAUUUACACCAUGACAAACAAGUCGUUCCGUGUGGGGAUACGGCAGGCAUUCAGUAAAGGGGGCGAUUCUACCCGUGUAGGGGAUGGGACAUUGGAAAACGUGGCUUUAGGAUGA